AGACCACCAUACACAGUUUUCAGUGGGGGCCAGAAAGGUACGCAAAAAUGAUUGAGAAAAAAAGCCAUCAAAAUGCCUUGGAGCGAGCAUGGUGUUCAUGGCGAGAUCCGGGCCUAUCACCUGCAACGGAAACCCAAUCCCCUCAGAGAGGCUGAAACAUGGUGACCCUCAAACGCCCUCAACCUCCAAGAUAUGUUCUCAUACUCCCUUCCAAAUCCGCUCACCGAGAAGAAGAGAUUUCUGAAUUUCGCCACCGAGCGUCCACCGAUUCGCCCUGCGCCCGGGGUGGUUGUGAUCAGGGCAAAAGAAAACCGGAAGUUCGCAAUCACGCCCGUUGAUAGUAUUACUUUUUGCGGAUACCAACAGGUACGACGUCGAGGUGUCUGUCCGAGCCAUGUGUGGUCACCAUCACACACAUCACGGUGACCAUAUUUGGUCCGCAGGCGCUGAGGAGGAGGGGAUUGGACGGGUUGAAUAGUUGGAAAGCAUGACUUCCCUCCCCCCUCCCCUUUCCCCACACACUCCGUUAAGUCCGUCUGAGUCCGUCGACUUAGCCUCCUUGGUGCCCUGAGAUCGCGAGCUGUCAGCGUCAACCUCAAGGCGCAUCAGAGCCUACUAUGGUCACACCCGUCCUACAGUAGGCUGACUGGAGGCAAAUGGGGUGUAUUAAUACUGGGAUACUGUGCGACCCAUGUCUGGGGAAUAACCACCCAGGUCUUGGCAUUGUCACCAUCUCCUCCCUACCCAACUUUGUAAUUCCACUCUCACUUCCAACGCCCGCCCUUUUUCCUCCUCCGCCUGAUCGCCAGGAAUGCUCGACAUAUAUAAUAUCAGCGCCCCAGCACCAGGCUCUAUAGGAAGAGAAGAGGAUGGGACCACCCAUACCGUUUUCAACUCUACAAUAUUGGAGUCUCGACGACCAAACCGAAGAACGAAACGCUAUCGCACGGCCGACAUGCUUCCGCCGUCGUGGGAUCAACCCCAGGUCGCCCUGCCGGCCACCCCCAACAUCUGGGUCAUAACCGGGCCCUCGGGCGCUGGCAAGUCUAGAGUUGGGAAAUACCUAUGCGCCAAACUAGGUUUCAUCUUCGUUGAAGGCGACGACUUCCUCACUAAACAGGAAAAGGCAAACAGCGGCGUCGUCAACGAUAAUCGCCACGCCGAAAUCCUCGCUGCAAUCAUUCACGAAGCCAUAAGCCAAGCAAGCCACGGCACCGCAGUCGUCGUCGCUUGCUCGGCCCUCCGUGUCGCCGACCGCAACGCCUGGCGCAACGCUACUGCGCGCGCCAACAGGAGCGAUAUCCCCGCGCACAGAUUUCGGCCAACAUACUACUCCUCGAGUUUCGAGGACUCCACCCUUCCGAACCACCAUGGGGACAAUCAGGUCCCCUACCUCCAAGGGUCCCAGGACCCUUACCCCCACACCAUCGCCAACGACGGUUUCGCCUACCACUCCAUCCCAUCCAACGUCCUCGACAUCCCCGCCCCGACCCUUCGUCCCAUCCACCUCCAAUUCGUCUACCUCGCCAUCUCAAAAAAGCUCUCGCUAAAGACAGUCAAAAACCGACAGACAAUGACCGACCACCACGUCUCUGUAACAGCAGUGCCGGCGCAAUUUCGCAACCUCCAGCCGCCGGAGAAGUGGGAGCGAGAUUGCUUCAGGCAGAAGAGCUUGGAGGCGCUGGAGUUGACGGUCGCGGUCGAGAAGCAUGUGGUGAUGGUGGGGAAUGGGUUGAAAAGGUGCAAGUGUAUGUUUUGCCCAUGAGGGGAACUGGAUGUUGGGCACGUCAGUGGCAGUCAAGAGAGGGUCGAUGAACCUGCAUAACAUGUGUGGUUCAUCGGACAGGUUUGGUGUUUAGGGAUAAGAGGAGGACGACAACUGGUGUUGAGGGUUAUAUAUGGGACGAGGGAAGGUUUGCUUUGAAAGAUUACACGCAUACUAUAGAGGGUAUGCGUGUUACCAAGAGAAUUACAAGAGGGUACAUAUACAAGAAAACCAAUCAUCAUCGGCGCGGAACAUACAACAAACAGACAACACAUACAACGAUUUCAUCAGCAUCCUACAUAGCGGCAUACUGCAUCGGCAUACUACAUACAGAAGAUACAACACAUCACAACUCCGACAUCACACAUACAUGGUAUUACACCCUAACCAACACACCUAAGGGGGUCUACAAUUUCAAAAUUACCACCUUGGAUAUACCGAGAUUUUAUCUCGUCUACGAACCGAUUCCACCAACGCUCAGAAUCAGAACAGACGCGUUCUAUCGCGAAACAAUACAGGGGUUUGGGAAUGCAUAUAUUAGCGGGGGAAUAGGGAG